CUAUGUAUUCCCUCUGACUAUAGCACUACGCGUUCCCAUGGUUACAAAGCUGUUGCGUCACUGACAUGCGCUGUGGCGAGCCAGGAAAAGGGGAUUUUGGAAAAAAAAAUAGUGGGAGAGGAAAUCAACAUGCAUGAUUUACAUCGUGUGUGUUUAAUCUGACCCAGUGGGGGGAUUCGGCAUGCCGAGCUGAGCCCGACGCGGUGGUCGAGUCGCGGAUCCGGACUCAUCAGCGUUUUCCCCUCACUUGUGGCGUGGAAGAGUUAAAGAGGCUAGCAGCACCGCCAGCAGCUGUUAGCCUCACAUCACAGCUAAGGGGGGGGACACAGGUGGGGGGGACGCUGCUGAGUGUCCUCAACGUUGUUAGCAAGCACCACGGCUAGCUAAAAGCAGCUUGGAGCAACUGGAGCCUUUUUUUCCCUGCUGCUCCGGGGCCUGGCUGGACCUCAGACCAGGUGGUGAACAGAAGUUAAAGCCAAGUUAGCCUUCGGAGACAUGAGGCUAGGAAUCCCAGCUCUGUCCCCUCACCCGCGUGACCGCACUAGGUGAUUCUACGGGCUCAGAUGAAGAUCAGCUGACGUUUGAACCGUUAUGACAUCUGUCGAAGCACUCCCCGUUCUGAAGGACACGGCCAUGUGUUCUCGCAAGGCGGAGGAGCCACCAAGUGACGGCAGGGACUCGCCCACCGUCGCCCGGCGGCUUUCGCGAGCUGGACCCGACGGCGUCGUGGAAGAGGUUCAGCCGGACCCGGUCAAUGAAACGGCGAAGUCUCAGAAAGCGGGGAAAUUCAGGAGGACUGCCUUGACCUUUUUCGGCGUCCGUAAAUCUAUCUGCAUUUUGCCGAGUUUCUUUGGCGGGCGGAACAAAACUCAGAGCAAGUGGUCCUCUAAGAAGGGAAUCUGCAAAAGCAGAACGCACGACGGGCUAAGUAAGGUCAGCGACGACGACGACGCUGUCAGGAGUGGCUGCGUCUCCACCGGAGACUUUCACUACCACAGCCACAGGGACGCCGCUGGAGAUCUCCACGGCGGUUGUCAGGGUGAAUGUAGUAACCCGACUGACCAGAAAUCACUGACCCUUGGUCGACAGAGAAAAGGUUUUAGGAGUUUUUUUCAAAGUUUUAGGCAUCACAGAAGCCAGAGGAAUAUUGAUACAUGUGAAACUAAUGCUGGGUCCUGUCCUCAAUGCAAGACGGAGGUGCCUGUUGUCCAACACGACACUAGCCGCCGUGCCGCAGAGUGCCUGGAAAGUGACCCUGACGUGCCUGAGUUUGUAGAGGAUCUAAUUUCCGUCGGUCUUGAAUGUAGCCGUGUGGACGCAAAGGCGCCGGAGAGCAGCGCGGAGAAAGAAAGCCCCAAGUCUGAGCCUCUGCUGCGUGACGACAAACACGAGGACAUUCUGUUAAAGGCAGCAGCUUCUGGGGGCUACGACAGCGGCUCCAGACGUUCCAGCGAGCCUUGUGUGAAACUCCAGGCGGCGUCUGAAACACCCGCCGGCUCCUCGGAUCAGCUCAACCUGAUUUUUGGGGAGGUCUCUUCGUUGAAGAGCUUUGACUCCCUGACGGGUUGCGGGGACAUCAUUGCGGACCAGGAGGACGACAGCAUCACAGAGAGCACGGUUUCCGGGGAGAGGAGCAGAAACGGAGGCAAAAGGGCCUCCUGUUACCUCACCUAUCAGGGCGGCGGCGAAGAGAUGGCCUCGCCGGAUGAUCUGGACGGAACGUGUCUCCCAGACUUCUGGGGAAGCAACGCGUCGGAGGCGGUGUGCUGUGGCUGUGAUCCGGACCAGACGCAGAUGACCGAGCUGACCGGCUCGCACAACGUGGACACGCUGAACAGCAGCAGCACGCAGCAGGCCGGAGCUUUGGACACGUCCUCCAUCGCCGACGUCGCGACUCCUCAGAGCGAGCAUCAGGAGUCCGGUCCCAAUAGCGACGAGGGCUACUACGACUCCACCACGCCCGGGCCGGACGAAGGGCAAGACAAAAGGUCGGGCACGUUACCCAGGGACAGUUACAGCGGGGACGCCCUCUAUGAACUUUUUGCGCCUGACGAGAGUCUGAUCAGCCCCCAUUACGAGAAGACAUCCCAACUUCCCGGUUUAAAACGCAGCGACUAUUUAACUGAGCCAGUCGGUGCCGCAGAUUCUGCCUUUGUCCCAGAAAUGACUCACUUGCAGAUAAGUGCCGAUCUGUACAAAGAGGAGUUUCUACAGAUGCCAAGCUCGUUCUGUAAAAGUCAGGAUAUCAGAGCGAACGGAAACUGUAAUCUGAAAUCAAAACCACAAACGGUCGUCCACACGGCCAACCUCAAAGCGGAGGUUUUCGAUGACGAGGCGAGUCUGCUAACUUCUGCUGACAAAAGAGCAAAAUCCACUAACGCAGAUGGCGAGAAAAGAUGCAGCGGUUUGUCGUUUGGAAGCACGUCGGACCCGGACUUCGAGGCCUUCUGUGAGCCCAACGAGGAGCAUCUUCAGGAAAAUAAGCCCGUGGCGUUACCGUACAAAAACAUCAAUUGUGCGUCUGAGGAACGCAGCAGCUACGCGGAGGACGGGCAGACUGUGUGUUUCUCACAGGCGCUGGAGGACUACACGAAACACAGCGAGUUGCUCUGCGAGCUGCGGAGUGACGCGGACAGCCUGGAAACGAGCUCCGCUUUCACUCCCAACAUGGAGGCCUUACCGACUAUAGUCACGUUCGACGUUGUGGACCUGCACAACGAGGGCGAGUACGACCAGCAGAUCCACAUGGAGCUGGAGGAGGACGCUUCGUCCCCUUACCAGGAGUUCGACGAAAGCUACCUGCAAAAAGACGCGUACGCUGAAUGCGACUAUCAAAUGUUCGAGCUGUACGAACAGAACCUGAUCAGCAGCACGUGGGCCGCGGCUAGUCUCCCGCGGCAUCUGGGCCUGGCGGGGGUCAGCCAGCCCGCGUCCGGUCCGCUGUCCGUGGAAAGGAGGAGCAGGUCCCUGGACACGGACAGCCUCGACUCAACGACGGCUGAGACGCGCAGACAGCAGGACUCUGAGAGAACCCGUUCACCGUAUUACAGAAAGAAUGUAGUCCCGUCCGAUUCGGAGGUCCGAGACCGUAACAACGUAGCGAGCUUAUCGUGGCAGACGAGGUCGGAAGUGACCGCGGCGGAUGGAGAAACGGCCGAAAACGGCCCGAAUCUCAGUCGAGGCCACGUUAAACACAAGCAGCCGCGGUAUUUCUGCUCUGCCACAGACGGGCUGAGUUGCGACGUAGUUUCGCAGAAUAGCGAACUCUACAGGAGGCAAUGUCGCCUUCCUCUGCAGACAGAUUCCUGUCACCCUCGUAGCACCUUUGGUAUGAAAGACGAGGAAUCUGACGAUGUUUUCUGCAACACUACUGCUAGUUUACAUUCCCACAGUCCGGCAGCAAAGGCAGACCCCUAGCAGGUAGGGAGACUUACGUCGUCUGCUAGAAGUCCCUCCACUCCCCCUGUUUGAGGAAGAAAUGGUCAGCCUGAGGGAAGCAAGAGCGACAGGUGCAGGGCUGAUCCCUGUGACCUGCAACACCCUUAGGCCACCUGUAGCUGAGUGUCAAUCACACAUAUGGGUGCUAUAGGGUGCUGGUCAUUUCAUUCAUUCACCAUGUCUUACCUUUGUGGGGGGGGGUUCAGAUCCUAAAUGGAGUCGUCUGCCACGGGACGUU